GGAGACCCACCACAGGCAGCUGCAUGGAUUGGGCAAUGUAUACUUUACCUCUUAAUAAUGGUUGUGGAGAAGACCAUAAUAAGCCUCGUCCUCCUCAUUCCAGGAUGGACAAAGCUUCAGGAAAUUCUGCUGGACUACAUUCCAGAUCCCAAGCUCGAGCUCAUCCUGGUAAUGCUGGUGGUGCCUUUUAUAGUCAAUGCCAUUAUGUUUUGGGUGGUUGACAGUUUAAUAAUGAGGAAAUACAAGAGAAUGAAGGUGGACCAUCCUUGUGAGAACGACACAAAUGCAGGCAGCUUAUCAGCAAUAAAGGAUGAAAGCCAGACUUUACUUGGUCCUUCACUUGUCCGUUUAUACUGUUAA